AUGGAGGAGGACAAUCCGUUUGGCAAGUCCCAGACUGUCCAUCCUGAAGUACGGGCAUAUGUCUAUAGCCUGGUCAACGCCCUCGGUGGAAGCAGCACGGAUGACGAUGGCCAAUACGUCCUCGGUGAUGACGCGCUUGCCUGUCUUCGCGAUCUAAAAAGAUGGCUGAAGCUCUAUGAUGAGAAAAACAACAAAUUGGAUGUAGCAAGAUGUCUAGCGGAAGCCAAACUCGUCGGAGGUGACCUGAUACCGAUUCUAGCGUCAUGGCCGGAUGAUGGGAAGGAAAACAAGUCGAAGGCAAGGGUCGCUCUGGCAUGUUUAGAGCUUCUUGUGCCUCUGACAUGGCCUCUGGAAAACGGGGGAGAAAUGACUGUGAAUCACCACAGGCAUACUCCAUACAUUCAACAGGCGCAGGUGCUGUACAAGGCCGCCAUCCUUGGAUGCGACACCAGCAAAAUUCUCCGACAAGUGAUCAGAAUCGGUCUCCCUUCAAUCGCAGUGGCACGAGAUGAGAGGACGAGUCGAGACGAAGGCAUCCUCAAAUUGAUGCUCUACUUCUUUCGAAAUGUCGCGGUCAUCCGACAGAUCCCAAACCUUCCCAGUCAGGGCUUCGAAUCGGAAGUAUCGAGGUCGGCAACCAUAGAGGCGUUCAGAGACCAGGACGUUUUUGCUCUGCUGUUGACGAUAUGCUCGAAUAUGGGCGAGGACUUUAAUCUACAGGAUGUUAUCGUCCUUGACAUCAUCUUCAAUCUGAUUAAAGGCGUCGAACCCAAACGCUUGUGGAUGACGGAGCAGGAGAGAAGGGGGCAAGGAAUAUCGGAUCUCGGCGCUGCACUUGCUCUGGAGCAUAGCAAGGCCAAAGAAGCCAAACGAAACCAGUGGACUCGCCAUGGUCGCUUCGGCACCAUGAUAUGGGUCAAACGUGAAGGGGAAAAGAUGUCAGCUGUAUCGGGACAAGACAAUCUCAAGAGCGACCAGAAGGCGUUUUUCAACAUGGACAAGUCCAAGAAAUGGAACAAGCCGCAGCAGAAGCGCAAGGACAUGGAGUACACCAUCUACGACUUCGACCACACUACUCGUCUCACCGACGCAGCCAGCGCAAAGUUGCGCAACUUUGUCGAAGAGUUUCUCGACUCUGGGUUCAACCCCUUCUUCAGUCAUCUACGCAAAGCCAUUCAGCGCGAAGCAGAACGCCUGUCUGAUGUCAACUACCGGCAAUUCUUCUAUGCAGUUGCAUGGUUUCUCGAGGCCGAGCGUGUCCGUCGUGAAAUGAGAAAAAACGAGGUCAAACCAGACAAAGUCAGAACCGACUUCGAGGAAGAAAGCUAUGCACUAGUCGCAGCCGUGCUGAACCAAGAGACAUUCAUCAUGCUUAACCGGUACAUGCAGAUGUCUUGGGACAACAAAGAGUGGCAGGACUUGAAUGCAAGCAUGCGAUGUUUCACCCAGAUCCUAUUGACCGUCCAAGAAAUGGCGCAGAGCCCCUUGGAAGAAGAUCAAGAAAUCGCCGACAAUAUUCAAAACAACAUAUUCUACGAAGAGACUACCCAUGACCGAAUCGUUGGCAUCUUGAAGGGCUACAAAGACCAAGGAUUCGGAUAUCUUGAUGCUUGCACUGAACUCUCCUAUGUUUUCUUGCGCAUGCUAGAAAGAUACUCAAAGGAGAAUGCCGACCUCCAGAUUCGCUCACGGAGGCGAGCAAGAAGGAAGCGGAAAGAGACCCAGAAGCAAGCUGCGCAGCCAAGUGAUGAUCCUGUUGAGGAAGAGGGAAAAUCCGAAAACGAGGAUAUCGCCGAUGCCAUCCGAGUGUCCAAGGAGCGCAAGUUUGAUUUUAACCGGUUUGCCGCAAAGUUUUCCUCCCAAGCGUCCGUAGACACCUAUUACGCCCUCAUUACCUUCUACCGAGAUCUCAGCACCGAACAGCUCAAACGGGCACACCGAUUCCUCUACCGAGUGGCGUUCAAACAAGACCUGGCCGUCCUGCUUUAUCGUGUUGAUAUUAUUGCACUCCUUUACAAGUUGGUCAAUGGCCCGGACGGGCUUGAUACAACACACCCGAUGUACAAGGACUAUUCCGAGUUUUCUCGGCAGCUCUUCAAAAAGAUGUUCAAGAAGCUUGAUCAGAGGCCAGAGCUGGUGGUUGAAAUGCUCUUCAGCAAGAUCCAUUCCACAUUGCAUUAUCUUGAGUUCGGGCAAGAGAAACAAACUAUUGCGGCAAGUCGCCCGCCGGCCGAGUUAGAGAUCAGACCAGCACCAGGAAGAGAUGUGAAAGAGCAAAUUGGCAUUGUCGUUACUGUUUUGAUCAAAGACGGCAGGGUGGAGCUAGUGAAAUGGGUAAAAGAGAUGCUCAAGAAGGCUUUUGACGAGAGACAUGCAUGGGAGGUUGAAGCUGAGGUGCGCAGGACCGCUGCCCUAGAAGCUGCGCAAAAGGACAACGAAUCUGCUCCUGAGGAUAUCAACAUCGGUCAACCCAGCCACAUAAUUGUACGACCCACAUCUGAAGAUAUCAAGACUGCGAUGUUCAAGAAUGGACGUCUGAGACUGUUGAUGCUCCUUGUCGGCUUCGACAUGUUAGGGGAUGAGGAUGUUCUUGGGGCGAGCUGGACUGUGCCUUCAGUUCUCACCGCAGACAAAUUGGCCGAGUCCAGGGCGGCAAUUGAGCAGUAUGAGCAGACACCAUGGCAAGGAGAUGACGAGAACGAAGACGCCGAAGACAUGAUCCGGCGUGCCAGAAACAAGGAUAAAACGGCCUCACAUGAUGAAGAAGAGGCACCUCGAAACGCCUUCAUCGACGACUCGGAGGGCGAAGAGGAGUUCAUGUUUCCCGACAAUCCUCGAAGGAAGAGAGCCAAGAACAUCAUCGAAGAACUCAAAGCCCGGCGUAAGCGGAAGCGGGAGCAUGACGAUGAAGAAGACGACGUGGACCCAGAACUUGCUGCGGAGAGAAGAGCAGCGCGUGAAGCGGCUGCGAGGGCCAGACGACUGAAGAUCAAAAGCGAGGCAUACAUCAGAGACAGUGACGACGAGUCGGAUGCAGAGAGAGACCGCAAGUUUUUUGAGAGGGAAGAGCAAGUGCGUCAAAAACAGGCUGAAAACAUCCGCAAACAGAUGGCACUGGAAGUCGGCGACCAGGCUACAAAGACCAAACAGAAGGGGAAGAACGCAAAACCGUCGACGAGGGAAGCUCCGCCGGCGGAACAAGACAGCGACGCCGAUCUUCUCAUGGCCGACUUCGACGACAAGCCCGAUGAGACUGCUUCGUCACAGAAUCGCCGGAAGUCAGACACUGAAGACGCGGAAGAGGAUGAGGAUACGCCAUUGUCUUCUCCCAGUUCGGCUACAGCUAAGCGCGUGGAAGAGGGCAGGACUGUGCUCAAAGAAAUGGCUCAAGCGAGGGUGAAUCAAGAUGUCUCUUCGAGCGACAAGGCUGGAGACUUGAAGCUGAUUGAGAGCGAUUCGGAUGAAGAUGUUGUGCCGACAGCUCGACGGCGGAUGCGGGCUGGGUUUCUUGUGGACAGCGACGACGACGAUUGA